AUGCCGGCAUCUCACACGAUAGAACUUCAUUUCCCUUUGCCGGCCUAUCUGUCCCCAGACCUCGUCGUGCAGCACCUGCAGACUUACGAGCCGCUCAUAAUACCUCACCCAUACCUGCUGCGAUACAACCGCCGGCCAGUGGAUGAAAAGGACGUCAUCGCAGACCCAUUCUUCACAGAAGACGGCGCAAAUAUCGAGUGCUACGAAGUCAUCGAGCGUGUCGUCAUCAUUCCCCUCUUAGGCCUGUCCAAGGAUAUCAAAAUCCCAGCCACGUUCCAGUCCUUCCCUGCCGGCGUCCGGUGUCGAGCCGACGCCCAAGGUGGUGUACGAGUGUGGUCGACCUAUGAGGUGCAACGGCGCGACCUCGGCGCCGAAUUCGAGAGGGCGGGCCGGGCGGACUCGGACGGUGUUGCAAGGGACGACCUUCAUGAUAUCGUCGACGGCGCAGGACUAAGUUCCCCCGGGGCUGGAGAAUGGGAACUGGUAGAGUACGCGAGGGUAGAGUGCAACGCAAUCGUCAAACCAUUCGUGGUCAAGAGCUUCGAAGCAGCGCAUAGGGACCUUUGCCAGAAGGUCAUUGAUGGUCUGAAGAGGACGACGAGCAAGGAGCACCUUUCACAAGCUCAGCGGACGCCUGUCGUGGUGCCUGCUUCAGGUGUGAUGGCUUAG